AGAUUAAUUUCACGGUGGCAAUUGAUUUCACAGCAUCAAAUGGCAACCCGUCUCAGCCCACCUCCCUCCACUACAUGAGUCCGUACCAGUUGAAUGCCUAUGCCAUGGCUCUCAGGGCCGUGGGGGAGAUCAUCCAGGACUACGACAGUGACAAGAUGUUCCCUGCUCUGGGCUUCGGAGCCAAGCUGCCCCCGGACGGACGCGUCUCACACGAGUUCGCUCUGAACGGGAACCCUCAGAACCCAUACUGCAGUGGGAUUGAGGGAGUGAUGGAGGCUUACUACCAGAGCCUCAAGUCUGUCCGCCUCUACGGACCCACACACUUCUCCCCUGUUAUCAACCACGUGGCCAGAAGUGUCUCCAGUGUCCAACGAGAUGACGGCUCCCAGUACUUCAUCCUCCUUAUCAUCUCAGACGGCGUCAUCACCGACAUGGCUCAGACCAAAGAGUCUAUCGUAAAUGCGGCUACUCUGCCCAUGUCAAUUAUAAUUGUCGGGGUUGGACCGGCGGAAUUUAAUGAAAUGAUUGAGCUUGAUGGAGACGAAGAGAGGAUCUCAUCUCAAGGGAGGUUCGCAGAGAGAGAUAUUGUUCAGUUUGUUCCGUUCCGUGACUACAUCGACCGCAGGGGGAACCACAUUCUCAGUAUGGCCCGUUUGGCCAAAGAGGUCCUGGCUGAGAUCCCUGACCAGUUCCUCUCCUACAUGAGGACCAGGGGCAUCAAACCAGGCCCCUGUCCCCCUGCCUACACCCCCACCCCCGCCUUGCACCCCCUCCUCACCCGACGCGUCAGCCGAAUCUGAAGGGUAAGACGCCCCCCCUCGACCUCUUCCUCUUUUGCUUCUUCUUCUUCCUCACUGGAGUCAUUUCCACGCUCAUGUUGCACCUUUGUGGACUCUGGGAUUCCAUCAUCCGUGGCAUUGGUCAGCCCUUUCUGUGGAGAGGACAGACCGCCAUCGUCCCUCAGGAAGGACUUCCACUGAGAGGUCAGAAGUUAGAGGUCAGAGGACGCAGUUUACUGGUCUGACCCAGGAGGUGGGUGAGUGACUGUAAUUGACGAGCCAGGAGCAGCAUCCAAUCUGUGGAGAACCUUUCAGAAGCGCAUUUCUGAUCUGUUAUUUCUAUGUCCUGCUCUUCCUCUCAACUUCACUUCUCUUUCACCAACAGUCUCUUUCUAAAUGUUUACAAAAGUUGAGGAUGACGAGGAGGAUUCAUACUCGUGGACGCAUUUUUAUUUCUCUCUGAUUUGUACUCCAGAUGCUCUCUGGCUCUCCUUUUUUUAGCCACAGAGACUGGUGGUAGCGAUGAUGAAGAGGACGAAGAUGAUGAUGAUGACAAGCCCAGGAGCCCCAUCCCAUGUGCGGUGUUUAUUUCUUUUUUACGGAGCAUGUUGUAGUCCUAGUAGAGAAGCAUGCAGUUAAAGUCCUGCACUCAGGGCCUCCUAGCUGAUCAUUUAUUUUACAACUACCACCUUUUAAGACAGUACCUUCACCACCUAUAAUCUUCCCACUAUAUUACGCUCUGUUGUCCGCCUACCUUGACUCAAAGGGGACUUCCUUCCCUUCAGAGUCUGGUCCUAUCAAAUACAGCAGGGCCUAAACCAGCCUUACUCUCUCUGCAUCCCAAAUGGCACCCUACAUAGUGCACUACUUUUGAGAGCCCCGGUCAAGCGUAGUGCACUAUAUAGAGAGUAGGGUGCCUCUUGGGAUGCAGAAUCUAUCCGUUGGAUACAUUCACAGUCGCCAUGCUCACAAGGAUUCUGGAAUAGUGGAACUCCAUCCAUGCAUGGGAGUCAAAAACAUACUUACCAGUUAAUUACACCACCACUUCCAUGUGUGUCCUCUGACUCUGGAGCUCAGUGGGAAAAUGUUGUUUUGUAUUUUCAGGAGCAUUCUCUCUUUAGUUUCUACCUCUUGCUUCACAUCAUGUCACUAAACCCUGUGGAUGGAUGUAUUUGUGUUUUGGAAAGGCAGGAUGUUAAGCAGUAAUAUUUCAGUCUAUCUUUUGGUUCACAACGUCGCCUUUGUCUCUCACUGAGUGAAAACGUUUUACAUUUACGUUCAACAUUUUACUAGCCUACACUACCGGUCAAAGGU